AUGGCAGUAUGCAAAGACAUCCAGUUGACCAGCGAAGCUUUAUUUCAUUCAGUUGUAGCUUUGAUCACAGAGAGAAAUCUUAUUAGGAUCAUGUCUGAUCAAGAUUUAGUUACAGCCGCAUUCACAGCGCUAUUUGGUGGAAGGCUUCCUUCAAAUUCCAUCCAUCAACUUUUCAGUCAAACUCACGUGGGCACGGUUCCCUUAUGGCAGCCACCUUUCCCCACUAUUACAAAUCUAGCUCACAAUGGAAUAAUUGUUCAGAAUCCCAUCCAAAAUAUCGUAGUUGACUACGUAGACCCAGCAGAGCUUGAUCCUCGAUUCAAUUUUGAUUUCCGGAACGUCAUUCUUCCUGAUUGGAACUGCUUUAGAGGGAACUAUAACUAUCCGUAUCAACGACCGCACGGUUGGUACAGAAUAGGUUUAAACGUUCUCGGAAGAUACCAGGACGACAACAUUUGGCUCGGUCCUAACGGUCUGCGUAAUGCACCAGCCUCUGGAGAAUGGCCCGUCUCGUAUCAUGGUACAAAGAUCGAGUUCGUUCCGAGCAUUACAAAACAAGGUUUACAGCCCGGCCCGAAUGCAUUGUUUGGCAAAGGCAUCUACAGCAGCCCCAGUAUUGAAAUGGUUGAAUGGAUGGGUUAUGCGAAGGAUUUUAAACAUAAUGGUAAAGUUUACAAAGUUGCGCUGCAAAAUCGUGUCAAUCCUUUUCCACUCCGUGUUAUCCCAGCCCAGUGUACAGGUGCCGGAGCUGACUACUGGCUGUCACAAUCUGGAGACAUACGUCCUUAUGGUGUGCUCAUCAAAGAAUUCGCAACUAAAUACUAAUUCUUAGAACACAACAGCGACAUCGAUGAAUAAAGGUAAAACAAAAUAUAUAUAAUCGCACGAUACAAUUUCUUUGACACAAAAUUUGUGACUCUCACACAUUCUUGCUAGUAUAAAUACAAUAUUCAGCCUCAUAUAUAUGGAAAGUUUCCGAGUUAACUGAUUAUGGUAAAAAUAUUUCAGUUUUUUUUACUUUUCUCCAUCAUUUGUAAGCAAUGAUAGUAUAUGCAUUUCACAUACAACAUAAGGUAGAAAACAUGUAAAAGUGCAGCCUAAGAUGACAAUUUCACCCAAAUACUUAAGGAUAUGGUUUUAAGUAACAUUAAAAAUGUUUCUUUUCUACUAAGGAAAAAUUUAGUUUAAUUAAACUAAUUCUCUUUCAACAUCACGUGAGAAGUGUAUGUUCGACCAUUUAGCCUUUUCUCUCGACAUUGUUAUAGCCGGCGUGUCAGAGUUGAUCUAGAUCUAACUUUUUAUAUCCAACGUAACGUUUUUAGCGGUUAAAGCCAUGCACUUAACCUCACGGGUGGUGUGUGGUUCCUAUCAAGCUUUUGUUUACAUUUUUUGGUGUAAAAAUUGAAGUGGAAACUCCUCAAGUUUGGUGUUUUUUUGUACACCCCAUAGAUGCUCCAAAAAAUAAAGUCUGCAUACAAGAAUUCUUGAUAAGGUAGAAAGCUGGAACUUCACUGGUAGUCUAAGUUAAAGAUAGAUCUUUUGAAUCUAUUGAAAACAAACAUUAUAUAAAAAGUUGGUCUGCUUUUUGGGGUCCAUCUGUUAUAUGUAUAAACAAAUAUUUUUCUUAUUAUUUACUUAGCCACCUCUCAUGUGAUAGAUAUUCAGCAUUAAUUGGCAUGAUCAAUAUAUAUGUUUUGGUUCUUAAAAAAAUUAUCUUUGGUUGAAAGUUUUUCAAUUUGAUUUGAUUUUUAUAUUUUAUUGUUUCAUAUUCAUUACCAUGCUCUACAACCAAAAAAAAAAAGGGAAAUUACACUGAUUUAUAAAAUUUAAAACCAAAACAAUCCGAAGGAUAACAAUUAUACAAUAAAUAUGACUGAAAAGUAUUUGCAAAAUAGCUGUCUGCCACAGAGGUAGCAUUUCAAUUGACAAGAUUCAUCCACUGUUAUUAAAAACUGCAGCAGUUCAAAGAUACUGUCCCCUAACAUUUAUUUUUAAUCUUUCCAUCAAACAAGGUAUUUUUCCUGAUAGUAUGACACUUGCUAAAGUUUUUCCAGUUUUUAAACAAGGCUCUCGUUUUGCAUGUAGUAAUUAUCGACCUAUCUCAGUUCUCUCUUCCAUAAGUAAAAUAUUUGAGAGAUGUAUUUUUAAUCAGCUGAUGUUCUAUUUUACGAAUAAUAACAUGAUUUCCUCAAAACAAUAUGGAUUUAGACCAGGUUUUACAACCUCUGAUUGUCUAUAAUUGACCUUAUUGAAGAAAUAGCUUCUUCUCUUGAUAAAGGAUUUUAUGUGGUUUCUUUAUUCCUAGAUUUAAGUAAAGCAUUUGAUACAGUAAACCAUCAAAUAUUACUAAAUAAACUUAGGUACUAUGGAUUACAACAAAGUGAAUACAACUGGUUUCAGUUUUACUUAAGUAACAGGAAACAGCUGGUGCAUUCAAAUAGUGUUGCUUCUGAUACACGUUUUAUCUCCACUGGUGUGCCUCAAGGAUUGAUCUAGGACCUUUGCUGUUUAGUAUUUUCAUCAAUGACCUUCCAAAGUCUUCCACCUUUUUUUCUACUAGAUUAUAUGCUGACGAUACAUCUUUAACAGCUUCUGGGAGUGAUCUUGACAGUUUAUUGCGUGAAAUUAACAAUCAUUUACCAGCUGUCUACAAAUGGUUAUGCAGUAAUAAAUUGACCUUAAAUUUGACAAAAACUAAGUUUCUUAUUUUUAUGCCUCGUCAAAAGGAAAGCUACAAUCUUUAUCCACCACUAACUGUAGCAAAUGUUCAUUUAGAAAAGUCCUUUUGUGUAAAAUAUCUUGGUGUGUAUAUUGAUUGUCACCUUACUUGGCAUGACCAUAUUGACUACAUAUGUGGCAAAAUUAGCAAAAAUAAAAAUAUAAUGGUUAAGUUGAAGCAUUAUAUAUCAAAAGCAACACUUGUUAGUGUGUAUUUAUCUCUUAUUUAUCCUUACCUUACUUAUGCUUGUACACUUUGGGGAAAUAAUUAUAACACUCCAUUGUCUCAAAUCGUAAAGUUAAAACAAAACAAAGUGGUUUGUGUUAUAAAUGAUGUUCCUUUAAUGGAAUCAAUAACUCCACACUACACAUCCUUAGGCCUUCUAAAAUUUCCUGAUAUUGUUAAACUGAACACAUGAAUGCUUUUUUAUGAUUAUUUCCACUAUGAAAAGUUUCCUAAUAUACCUGUUUCAUUAGUAUCUGAACUACAUAAUUACAGUAUACCCGCAGUGCAUCAUCCAAUCAAGUUGCAAUACCUUUAUUUCGAACUAAUCUUAGGAGAUUUUGCCCCAGCAUUAUUGGAAGUUUCUUUUGGAACGAUAUUCCGCAAUCCAUUAGAGACAAACCAUCUAAAAAAAUGUUUAGAAAAGCACUUUUGUGCUGGUACCUUGCUCAAUACUAAUGAAACAUUAUCUCUUUUAUAAUUUUCUGAGCUAUUUUGUCAUUUUUCCUUUACUUUUUUAUUAAAAAUCUCAAUUCCUUUGUUAUACAUAACUUUAAGGGGCACAAUAUUAGUUUUCUAGAUGUGCCCCUCUCCUCCCCUUCAGCAUCCUGACAGAUGAAAUGAAUCAUUGAUGUUCGUUUUUUGCGAUGGUGUCACGCAAUAACAUGUCACUCGAAGGGAGGCUCGGUUACCAAUACGCUCUUAUUUUCUUUCCUUCUUAUCCCCUAUUUUUUAUUUCCGGGAAAACGUUUUAAAUCCAGAAUUUAAAAUUACCGUUGUUUGCAUUUUUUAAGCGCGAUACCACUCAUGCGUCACCCUAGACUGCUAAAUGAAUUAUGUUUAUGUUACUACAGCAUAGAGGAAAUUUCACUGCAUUAAUUUUUAACGACGUAAAAAAAUGUGUUAUCCUAUUUUGUAAAUUGUGACGGCUUACAGGGUAGACAGGUGCGGGAGUGGAAAAAUUAAAUUGGGAGUAGCUUUCUAAAAUACUCAGCGCUAAAAAAAUAAGUUAGAUUAGGCACAGUUUCUAACCAUAUAAUGAGCGUCGCGCCAUAAAUUUUCCAAAGCAAACUAAAAUGGUGUUUUCGUUUGGCCGCCGAUUUUUUUAAGAGGUGAGCGUACCAAAUGGAAAUUAAUUGCUCCUUUCAAAGAUUAGUUGGGGGAUGCUGCUCCCAAGAUAAGCGAAGUCGAGUUGCAGGAAAAGCUUCUCUUAUAGUCUCUCUGCGCUUAUGUGAGAAAGACAUCUCAGCACACAAACAGGCUGUGGGCGUGAACGAUGUUGAAUCGGAAGUCGAUCUCAUUUUAGCACGGGCAUCGAUAUUCACGUUGCCUUCCAAUAUUUCGGACAUGACUAUCUGCCCAGCCCAUUGCUCCUCUUUGGGCAUUGGAUGGCGAAGAGGCUCGCAACGGUGCCGUGUUCCAUCCGAAUUAUCGAGGCAUGCCAAGGAAGGGAAAUCACGAAAGGGUGACCGUGGUAUAAACAAAGCGCUUUCGAAGGCAAUCCUUCGACGCACGGGAAUAUUCCUCUCUGUUGGGUCUGGUAAAUCUUUGUAAUAUUGUUAAUUUACAAUAGGACGCUAUGACAAACAGGACAAAUUUUUCGAUAGGGAAAAUACCCUGACUGAAUUUUGAACGGUAUGUUACGCCAUAGACCAGAAGUUACUAGUAAAAACAAAAUUGGCACAUUUAAAUUAGUACUAUCACUGAAGCACACAUUUAACCAGCCAUUUAAUUUUGUAGCGUGAGCCAGUUUAAUCAAAUUAUUUUUUAUCAGUGUGUUUUUUUUUGUUAACUUCUUGUCGCCAAAAACUAAUACACCUCUUUCGUUAUCUCACCAUGCGGCCUGGGACCGAGAUAUUUAUUUUGGUCAGGGGCUCAGGGCCACUCACUACACCGCAAAACCGCUCUUAGGGAAGAGUGAUAGAUUUAGGGGACGUUGUUGCGUUGUUGCGUUGUUGGUGCGAGGGGACGGGCAGGUGAUUUGAAAAGCGAAAGGGAGGGUAGGAUUAAAAAACUGUUUUUGUCUCUGUCAAUAGACCAUUUUACAGUUCUGUGAUAUUUAACCAGGCCUCUGUAUGAAAGCGAGGUUUGUGUUGACCUUAACACGAUAGAGAUCAAAAACUGGUUAGCAUAACAAUUAAAGGAUUUGCAUAUCAAAAGUAACAGGGUUUGUAUUAAAACAAGGUCAACUUGAGCCUCACGUAGGUGAUGUAUAUAAUCACGGAGCACUAGACAAUUAACUUCCAUUUGUUUUAGUUAGCUGGGAAGUUCGUCAUUUGAGAGGUUACGCAUGACGUUUGUUUUUCCCGCGAACGUCAAAAAUUCCAUUUCUGUCGUCUGUCUUUAGGCGUGUGUACACGGAAUUGAGUAGGUUUGUGCUUGUCGUGAAUGUAAUUUUAUUUUAUUUUAUUUUUUGUGCAGGAUUUUUUUAAGAAUUCCAUAAAUAGGUAACAAAAUGAAAGGCAAGCUUGCGUUUGCCGUUUGCCGUUAAACGUCAUGCUUAAAGUGCCUAUUGAUAAAUAUAAUCUUUGCAAGCACGAGGUCGUGGAAAUAGAGUCGAUAACAACGCAUGUAUAGUCAGUACUAGGGGGUGACUAAAUUUACGAAAACGUCAAAAAGUAGUUUUUCAGAAUGGCACUGAUUCAAAACGCUCAAAAGAGAUCUACAGCGUUUUUUAAGUGAAUUCGCGCAGGUUUUUGUUUAAAACAUAACACUAACUAAGAAAUAAAUAUUAGUUGGCCCUGCACUCGGUACAGCGAUGUCUGCAGACGAAUGCCUGUCUGGGUAUCCUGUGCACGUUUAGCGUGAUUGCGUGACAAACAUGAGUGAUGACACACGACUUCGUUGGUGAACAUCGUUGUGCCAUUUGGGGAGCCAAACGUUUUUUAACUGAAACUGUAAGCAAUCAAAGCAUCUUGGUUUAUCGUGCAAAAAAUACUUUUGUAUAUACUGGAGUUGUAUGGAAGCAGAAAUAAGUCAAGAGUUGCGAUGGUCUGCGAUGAUUUAUGAACAGCUUCGAGUAUUGUAAAUGGUCAAGCCGGACGUUGUAAACACUUUUCAAGUGAACAUGGCGAUUUGAAACAAAAAUAAUGGAAACAUCACUCCUUAAUCACUGGUUUCAGAAGGUUAGGGUAACAUAUUGAGUUUCUGAUAAAGCACAGCUCAAAGCGGUAAGAUUUUGCAGAAAUUAUGGCUUCGAUAAUAAAAGAAUAAUUGGAUUAUCUGCGGUUAUUUACACGGCGGCGUUGCGAUUUGCACGAAAUAGAUCGGGCUAUUUCUUCGCAGUAAUUAAGAGCCCCAAAUUAAUUUUUAUAUCCUUGAAAAGAACAUCGUUUCCAAUUUUCAGAAAUGCUCAUCUCAAGUGAUUCCGAGUUAUACCGAGUAGGAAAAAUUUUUAUUGAAAAACUGCUCCAAAAUGAAAUUUUUAAUCAAUCAAAUUUUGGCGAUUUUCAAAUAUUCGCCAAUAAUUCAUAGUUAUGUCAAUAAUCCCGUUAUAAGAUUGAAAUCAUUUUUUAAUACCUCGUAUACAAAUAAAUAAUAUUCGGAAAGACUUGCUUUCUUUUGCGCUUUUGAAGAAUAACGUUUUUGUUGCCCUACUCGUCGGCUUCAUUUCGGCCACUGUUAUGGCGGUUGGGGCUCGAUACAGUGUUUGGUGAUUUUCUAGAAAAUAAAAACAGUUCUGAACAAAAAAAUUAUACCACGUUUAUAGACUUACCCUAAGGUAUCUUUGAGCGAAGUAUGAAGGUAGGGCUUUUUCUAGGCAUGUGCCACAUUUUUUUGAUUUCACGCGGUCUCCAGAAAAAUUCUCUCUUAACUAUUAUAUUUUUAUUUUUGCUAAUUUUGCCACAUAUGUAGUCAAUAUGGUCAUGCCAAGUAAGGUGACAAUCAAUAUACACACCAAGAUAUUUUACACAAAAGGACUUUUCUAAAUGAACAUUUGCUACAGUUAGUGGUGGAUAAAGAUUGUAGCUUUCCUUUUGACGAGGCAUAAAAAUAAGAAACUUAGUUUUUGUCAAAUUUAAGGUCAAUUUAUUACUGCAUAACCAUUCGUAGACAGCUGGUAAAUGAUUGUUAAUUUCACGCAAUAAACUGUCAAGAUCACUCCCAGAAGCUGUUUAAGAUGUAUCGUCAGCAUAUAAUCUAGUAGAAACAAAGGUGGAAGACUUUGGAAGGUCAUUAAUGAAAAUAGUAAACAGCAAAGGUCCUAGUAUCGAUCCUUGAGGCACACCAGUGGAGAUAAAACGUGUAUCAGAAGCAACACCAUUUGCAUGCACCUGCUGUUUCCUGUUACUUAAGUAAAAUUGAAACCAGUUGUAUUCACUUUGUUGUAAUCCAUAGUACUUAAGUUUAUUUAGUUAUAUUUGAUGGUUUACUGUAUUGAAUGCUUUACUUAAAUCUAGGAAUAAAGAAACCACAUAAAGUCCUUUAUCAAGAGAAGAAGUUAUUUCUUCAAUAAGGUCAAUUAGACAAUCAGAGGUUGUAAAACCUGGUCUAAAUCCAUAUUGUUUGGAGGAAAUCGUGUUAUUAUUCGUAAAAUAGAACAUCAGGUGAUUGAAAAUACAUCUUUCUAAUAUUUUACUUAUGGAAGAGAGAACUGAGAUAGGUCGAUAAUUACUACAUGCAAAACGAGAGCCUUGUUUAAAAACUGGAAAAACUUUAGCAAGUGUCAUACUAUCAGGAAAAAUACCUUGUUUGAUGGAAAGAUUAAAAAUAAAUGUUAGGGGACAGUAUCUUUGAACUGCUGCAGUUUUUAAUAACAGUGGAUGAAUCUUGUCAAUCCCAAAUGACUUGUUUGUAUCAAGACUUUCCAGUAAUAAGAAUACCUCUAUUUCAGAGACUUGUGUGAAGCAAAAUUUUUUUUGUUUCUGAGAGAGAUAAGAGGUUGCACUCUUAUCAGAUUUAGGCAGUUGUGCUGCUAGUGUAGAAGGGACAUUACAAAAAAAAUCAUUAAGGCAGUUGGAGAUAGUUUGUUCAUAACGUUUAUUAUCCACUUGUAGUUUUUCCAUGUGAGAACUUGGUCGCUUCUUAUUUAUCAAUAAAUUGAUGUUAUCCCACAUCUUUUUCGUGUUAUCUGAUUUGAUCAAUAUGUCAUUAUAAAAGCAGUCACGAUAUAUCUUAUUAAAGAUAGAAAUUUUAUUGCGAUAUAAUUUAUAAUUGUUUAGGAAAACAUAAUUUCGAGUAAUAAGCCAUUUCUUGUAUAGUUUAUCUCUAACUUUCAUUGAUUUCUUUAAACCAGAAGUAAUCCACGGUUUAUAUGUUUUGUGUUUAAUCUUGGCUUUUUUAAGUGGUGCAUGUAUAUUACUUACUUUAUUGAAAAUAUGGAGGAACCUGGUAUAACUUUCAUUUACUUCAUUGCAUUUGUAAAUAGAAUCCCAGCUCUCUCUUCGUAGAUCUGAUUUGAAAUUUUCAUCUUCAAAACUCCGAAAGUCUCCGAAAUCGUAAUAAUCAGGAAAAGGACUAAAUUUUGGGUCAUACAAAAUAGUAAAGACUGGUAGAUGAUCCGCAAUCUCAACUGCGUGGCUGCCACUUGAGCAGGAAGUCGAAAUAUUUGUAAAGAUAUGAUCAAUGCAGCUUUGUGAAUUUUCAGUAAUUCGUGUUGCUUCAAAGAUCAGCUGACUCUUUGAAUCUUGACUUGAGUUCCUUUCAUUUCUUUUAGGUCGUCACUUAUUGAACUCAACUGAUGGCGUACAAAAGCCUCAAAAUCUUCUUCCACCGUUUCCUUUUGUUUUCCUCUUUUCGAAGACAUGUUUGUUACAUGUUUGUUAAGUUUGUAAAAGAAAAAUUAAGAUUUACGUGAGGAAAAGCAAGAAAUUAUCUCAAGUUGGCAGAGCCAGCAAAAAACGCGGCCAUCAUGCUCGCUGACCGCUGACCUGAAUGGGAUCCUAACUAGGAAAAUACUCUCAUUCAUGAUCUUGGGAAGGAUCCAUGCAAAGAAGUGGCGCAUCUCACCUACAUGUAUGACUUUUAGGUAAGAUAAUUCCAGAUGAUGUUCAGUGUAUCUCUAACAUAAAGGGCACAAAUGUAAAGUCCCCUUCGAACCCAAUGAUUCUGGCAGCCAUAAAAGGUACAUGUAACUAUAUAUUCUACAUAAUAUUUACCUAAGCGCCAAAGACAAGAACCAAGGCACGACCAAUUCGUGUAAGGGUUUAAUCAAACAGGGACACAACUGGCUGCCGAGUAACUGACAUUACAGCUGAUGCGAAACCACGAUCGAUCCAACGGAACGCAUGCUAAAUCCUAAAACCGCUGACCGGUACUGGUGAACAGUUUUUAUCUGUUCCAUGAUCAUGUCCUGCUCAAGGUUCUGAAAUUGUUUACAUGAAAAAGCACCGUGGCACUUGAUAGGAAUUCCCAACUAUGCAAAUAAGCUCUGAUUUGAAAAGCUUGGAAUUACUGGUAAAAGAAGAAUGGAGAAGGAAGAAUCGUCUCCAGUUUUGUGAGGACUUAGAAUUCCUAGGAAUUCCUGGGAAUUCUCAGCUAUACAGCAUUCUUAAAAUAACUUUUAAAGUUUUCAUUGAAGGUAAAUUAAUGUCAAAUAAAUGUGAAAGUCCUGUCUGACAAGACAAUUACCCGAAUUCUUAAGGAUAAGAUUUUCUAAUUAUAAGCGUGUGUAUGCUUUUCUUAUGCAUGAUAGCCUGAAAGACAAUUUGGUUUGUAGUCGAACUCAUUUUCGUUCAAAAUAUGCUGGAAGAGCAUGCUUGUUAAACCCCUGACAUCACAUUUAUUUGGGUUUCCAUGGUUGAUGUCAAUGAUGUUUUUAUCCAACAUUAGCUUUGGAUAAUAUUUUUGUAAUGUUAUAGAAAAUAUUCCAGAACGUUCCACUAUUUACCUACUCAUGUUUAGUACUGCUGAUAUUGUUUAAUAUUCUAGAAUAUCCGGAACUGUUAAGAAUGUCUCUUUAAAUAAAGUUCACAACAGGCGGUUGUUGUUAUCAUUCGAUAAGCUGUCAAUAAAACUGUGUGUGUUGCAGACUUACGUGAUUAAUAGCAAUACAACGUUUGCUUGUCCAGCCAUUCUAUAUGUUGUCUGCGAACCAAAAAUAACUGCUAAGUAACUGCCAAUAAGCGGGGAUCAUAACAAUAUUACUAUGCAUUUUUUUCCACGAAAAACAGGAAUUAGAAGUAGUUGACGUCAUCCGGCCAUCCGCAGCUUUAUUUCAUUCAGUUGCAGCUUUGAUCACAAAAAUAGAUUUUUACUAGGAUCAUGUUUUAUCAAGAUUUGGUAUCCACCGCAUUCACAGCGGUUUUUGGUAGAGGGCUUCCUUUAAAUUCUAUUCAUCAACGUUUCAGUCAAACUCACCUGAGCACAGUUCCCUUAUGGCAGCCACCGUCAUCAUCGCCUUUCCGCGCUAUCACGAGUUCAGCUCACAAUGGAAUAAUUGUUCAGAAUCCCAUCCAAAAUAUCGUAGUUGACUACGUAGAUCUAGCAGAGCUUGAUCCUCGAUUCCAUUUUGAUUUCCAGAACGUCAUACGUCCUUAUUGGAACUGCUUUAGAGGGAACUAUAACUAUCCAUAUCAACGACCGUACGGUUGGUACAGAAUAGCUUUAAACGUUCUCGGAAGAUACCAAGACGGCAACAUUUGGCUCGGUCCUAACGGUCUACGUAAUGUACCAGUUAAAGGAGAAUGGCCCGUCUCGUAUCACGGUACAAAUAUCGAGUUCGUUCACAGCAUCAUAAAACAGGGUUUAAGGCCCGGCCCUAGUGCAAGGUUUGGCAUCGGCAUCUACAGCAGCCCCAUUAUUGAAAUGAUUGAACGGAUGGGUUAUGCAAAGGCUUUUAAACAUAAUGGUAAAGUUUACAAAGUUGCGCUACAAAAUCGUGUCGAUCCUGAUCACCUCCAGAUUAUCCCAGCAGUAUUUACAGGUACUGGAGCUGACUACUGGCUGUCAAAAUCUGGAGGCAUACGUCCUUAUGGUGUGCUCAUCAAAGAAGUUGCAAUUGGAUGCUAG